GUCUGGCAGCUGCAAUCCUCUCUCAACUCCUGUCUUGCUUGUUCCCAUAAUCUGUGCUCCAAAAAUGGCCACAGCUGGUAAGGUCAUCAAGUGCAAGGCAGCAGUGGCCUGGGAGCCUAACAAGCCAUUGGUGAUUGAGGAGAUUGAGGUAGCCCCACCCAAGGCCAACGAGGUCCGCAUCAAGAUUGUGUCCACCUCAUUGUGUCGCUCAGAUCUGUACUAUCUUUUGGAGAGUGGGAGUAAUGAUGGCUUCCCAAUGGUCCUCGGCCACGAAGCAGCUGGCAUUGUAGAAAGUGUCGGGCCUGGAGUCACAGAAUUUCAGUCAGGAGACAAAGUGAUCCCUCUGUUUCUCUCCCAGUGUAGAGAAUGUCGCUUCUGUAAGAGUCCAAAGACCAACCUGUGUUACAACACAUGGGCCAUUGAUCGUAGCGAUGGAAUGGAAGAACUAGACUCCAGGUUAACCUGUAAGGGCAAGAAGCUGAUGCAGUUUUUGGGAAUCAGUACAUUCUCUGAGUACACUGUGGUUAACCAGAUUGCUGUGGCAAAGAUCGACCCUGCUGCCCCUCUUGACAAAGUCUGCCUCCUUGGCUGUGGGGUCUGCACAGGAUAUGGAGCCGCAGUUAACACUGCUAAGGUGGAACCAGGCUCUACAUGUGCUGUGUUUGGUAUGGGAGCCGUGGGUUUGGCUGCAGUCAUGGGCUGUAAGGCUGCAGGAGCCAAAAGGAUUAUUGCUGUCGACGUCAACCCAGACAAGUUUGAGAAAGCCAAGGUGUUUGGUGCCACUGAGUUUGUGAACCCCAAGGACCACAGCAAACCCAUUAGCCAAGUGCUGUCUGAGAUGACUGAUGGAGGAGUGGACUACUCCCUGGAAUGUGUUGGGAAUGUGGAACUCAUGCGCAGUGCCUUGGAGUCCUGUGUGAAAGGCUGGGGUGUCAGCGUGAUAGUUGGCUGGACAAAUUUGCACGAUUUUGCUUCCCGACCUAUUCAACUCAUCACUGGGCGGACAUGGACAGGCUCUCUGUUUGGUGGCUUUAAGAGUAAGGACGGUGUGCCCAAGAUGGUUAAAGCCUACCUGGACAAGAAGGUGAAGCUGGAUGAGUUCAUCACUCAUAAGAUGACCUUGGACCAGGUCAAUGAUGCUGUUGAACUGAUGAAGCACAGCAAAUGCAUCCGGACCGUCCUGAGUGUUUCUCCACAUUAAAACUAUAACUGUGGGGCGCACAGGUGGUUAAGAGCGCAUACCACAUACGCAGCAGACCCCGGUUCAAAUCCCGGUUGGAGGACCCUUGCUUCAUGUCACCCCCCCCCCCCGUGAUUUCCUGUCUCUCUA